ACAGGAGACCGCUGGGUAAACCAGAGCCAAAUCCAAAUUGCAGCCAUGGCAGUUGAGAAGAACGUUGGCAUUGGCAGAAGUUUGGAAGGAGAUGACUCCGCUGAACGAGAUGCAAGACAAACACAGGUGGCGACCUACGUGGCGCGCAUGGAAAUCAGUGAUCCCGACGUCCUGCGCGCCACGCGCGCGCACUGCGCCUUCCGCGGCUGCGCGCAGGCCCUGCGCCCGGAGCACGGAGGCAAUCUUUAUCAUGAGAGCUUUGUGAGCGAGAAGAUCUCCUGCUUCUGGUCACACUCCUGGCACGGUGGGCCUUGGACGAAAAUUCUGACGCUCUUGCUGCACCAUAAUGGACUUGCUGCAGUUCUCUCUGGUUUUUUCGCCGCCUUGGUCGCGAUGCUCCUUUUCGGCCUGGGCCUCCUCCGUGGCAUCCCACGGAAUUCGGAUGCUCCGGACAUGCAGUGGUCCACGUGGUCACUGGGCAGUGGUUUGCUCAUUGCCGUGCUCGUGGUGGUCUUUUGGCGCUCACAGCAGCUGAUCUUUUUGGAUCGGAUUUGUAUCGACCGGGAUGACCGAGAACAGAAGAGAGCUAGCAUCUUCAGCUUAGGCGGGAUCCUGAAGAAGUCCAAGGAAAUGCUUGUGCUUUGGGAUUCCACGUGGAGCGGGCGCCUUUGGUGCGUCUUUGAACUCGCUGCCUUUCUAAAGAGCCAACAGUCAUCGAGUGAGAAGGUGCUCCUCAUCAGACCCACGUUCUUGGGCCCCUGUUCGAUGGUGCUCUUCUUCGGGAGCUUUUUCAUGAUGCUGCCUGUGACCACCAUGUCCUUUAACCAGAGUUGGGGACCCUUUGGACUCAUCGUGCGCGCCUUGGGCGCCUUGCUGUUCGUCUUCAUCGCGGGCACCUUCAUCUCACUGGCUCUGCGCGCGUAUUUCCGCUCGGUGGAGAGGCUCCUAGAGGAGCUGCGCAACAUCAGCGUGGAGAAUUGCAGGUGUGCCUGCUGUGAUUUGGAUCAUACAAUGGAUGGGGCGAAUCUCUUGUGCGACCGGGAGAUUGUGAAGGAAUGUGUGUCGAUUUGGUUUGGGAGCCUCGAGGCCUUCGAAGAAUCCAUCCGCUCCGAGCUCUCAGACGCCAUGGCCACGGGUCUGAAAGAUCGCGUCUUCACCCGAGGAUGGAGCCUAUCAGUGACCACUCCCAUCCUUUGGGCCUAUUUUGAUGUAGCGGUCUCUUGGGCUGCUGCAGGAGAUGUGCUUUGGUUCUUUCUGAUCCUGCUGGAUGGCUGGGUGCUUUGGUUUCUUUGCGGACCCAUCUACGCGGACUAUUUGACCUUCAUCACGUGUCGUUACUGCCGAAGAGCAAGGUCGACAUGUGGAGAGAUCCUGAAGAACACGGGGAUUGUUCUUUUGGGAUCGGGUGGUUUUCUGGUGAUCGCUGGAAGCUAUGUCCUUUGCCAGGGCUUUAUACCUUUUGAAAAAGAGUGGUAUGGUGCUGCAGUCUUCGGGGGCUCCUGGCUGACUGUGGCCACGAUUCAUUUGCUCUACAAAGUUUCACGCAACAAGUCUCACAGCGCUCGUCGAUAUCGCCUUGGCAUUCGUAGCUGACCUGAUUGGUAGUGGAUACGCAUGAAAAUUGACGCAGUGACUGCGCUGGAGCCGAAGCAGCCUACCUAGGUGCAGUAGUGAAGGUGAAAUCCACGGUAGCCAAACGUG